AUGCCCCGAGGCUUGCCGACCCUGUCGGGUCUUCCCCGUCCGGGCAACUGGCUUCUAGACCCGCUGUUGCCACCGCUGUGGCCGAUCGGUCUGCGGGCAGACCAGCCACCUCCGCUGUGGCCCUUCCUGCACCUCUACCCGCCUUCAGAUGGCCACCUGCUCUCUCCCGGUGGAGGCAAGUCUGGGGCAGCUGCUACAGAAUCAUCCAAGCUGUUUAGCGCUGCGGCUGCAGCACAGGGUCUGUCGGCGCUCCAUUUGCGGCCUUUUGCCCUGGGCUCACUCACAUGCGACUUGCGGGUGGGCGCCGUCAAGCCAUGGUUGUUCGCCGACGCAAUCGUGCCACCCCCACCUGCCCCGCCACCCACUGGGCCUCCGAGUCUGCAGCCGGCCUCCAGUGCCACGUCAACUCCCGCACAGGGUCCUCUGGGUCUCGGCAGCGCGGCCUCCUCGCCGCCGACGCCACCGUCCCAGGCGGCCAACAAGACCCCCGGCCGCCAAGCUCUAAGUCCUUCCUCAAGAGAUCCUGGUGGAGCAGGUCUAAUAUCCUCCAUGUCACCAUGCAACCGGCUGGAGCUGGGUCCGCGGCUGAGCCCACAGUCGCUGUCGGCGGCCGGCCUCCUGUCGGCAGCGCACCACCACCACCACCACCUGCACCACUUGCACCACCUGCACCAGCACCCGCUGUCAGACGUGUACUCCUGCCUGAAGUGCGACAAGAUGUUCUCCACGGCUCACGGACUCGAGGUGCACGCGCGGCGCUCGCACAGCGGAAAGCGGCCCUUCGCCUGCGAGCUCUGCAACAAGACGUUCGGCCACGAGGUCAGCCUCAGCCAGCACCGCGCCGUGCACACGUCUGAGCGUACUUUCGAGUGCAAGCAGUGCGGCAAGACGUUCAAGCGCUCCUCGACGCUGUCCACGCACCUGCUGAUCCACUCGGACACGCGGCCCUACCCGUGCGAGUAUUGCGGCAAGCGCUUCCACCAGAAGUCGGACAUGAAGAAGCACACCUACAUACACACCGGUGAAAAGCCGCACAAGUGCGCCGUGUGCGGCAAGGCGUUCAGCCAGUCCUCGAACCUGAUCACCCACAGCCGCAAGCACACGGGCUUCAAGCCGUUCGCUUGCGAUGUGUGCGGCCGGGCCUUCCAGAGGAAAGUGGACCUGCGCAGGCACAAGGAGACACAGCACGCUGACAUCCGGCCCAUCUAACA